AGUCUUCUCCCUCCUCUGCCCUCCCCAUAGGCUGCCGGGAAGACAGUUGCGAGACCCCUUGCCAUCUGUAAAAGGGGGGACCUGAGGACUCAGCAGGCUGUGCUGCCCCAAGGGUAGUCUCCUCCAAGAUGCCCUGCCUGCAUCUUCUCUGUUGGCCUCUGGUGAGCGGGCCUAUCACUGGGAGGCCGUGGCCCACAGCCCUCACUCUGGUGAGCCCCAGGGCACAGCUUCUCACCUUCCUGCUGCCUGAGCUGCCAGACCCCUGGAAGAGCCAGGGCUCUCCUUUCCUGCCUUUGAUUAGAGCCACGUGGCUUUCAGGAGGGAGGAUGGUACCUGGUCUGCCAGGUCUGUGAACAUGCCGACUUCUCUUCAACUCUUCCUCGCUACACACUUGUGUCCUCUGCUGGUGUCAGCAACAGCCCUGGAAAUGCUGGGAUGGCACCAAUCCACUCAUCCGUUGACUGAGCAUCGUCACCCAGCGGUGUGCCCACAGCGGAAGCACUGAGGGCGGGCCAAAAAGUAUCUAGGGAAAUUCAAAUGCCUGGGGGGUCUGGUCACCAACUACCAGGCAUGUUGCUAAUAAUUUCCUUCUUAUCUGCAAAUGAAAAUACUGACUGUGGCCCUCCAUCCUCCAGGGUGAAGGGAGAGAAUGGAUGUGACUGCGUUAUUAACUGUGUGGAUCUAUACAAAUGAAAGGAUCGAUGUUAUUAUUACAGUGUGCGAGGAGCUGUCCCCUCACGCCGGCCACUGAGUAUGUCCUUGACGGCUGGAAUGAAAGAUCUUCCCUAAUGCCCCUGCGAUUUCUUUAAAGUUAAUGGCACUUGGGAAAGAAAGAAUAUCAAAAGUCAUCCCCCAGGACCCCAUCUGCUCAUAUGAAAAAGAGCACAACCAAAGAGUUUAAUAAUCAACGCACUGAACAGCCUCAAUAAUUUAUGCUAAUAGCCGCAUUACGAUGUGGAACCAGAAACAGCUUAAUCCAGCUCCCCGCAGCCUGAGCCUCAAGCCCCCUCCCUCGGCAUGAAAGGCUUUUGAGCACGAGGCCCCUCUUCUUUGUCCCUCUCACAAAAUGGCAUUCGCAGCCUCCACUGGUUACCUGGUAACACACGCUUCGCACAGACUGAGGUUUCUAAGUGGAGCUGGAAUUUCAACUGAGGUGAUUUUUCUUUUUAAAGAUUUAGGAUCUCGAGAGCUCACUGAAGCUUUGGUGCCUCGGUGCCCUCAUGGGCACUGGCAUGGGGCCACGUUCCUAUCUAAUGAAACAUUUAAAACACGACCUCAACUUGCGGUCUGUGGGACCCCAACCCCCUCCCAAUACUAGCAAACCAUCAGGGUGCAUAUGUGGAGUGAGGCAGCCUUUAAAGUAAUGACAACAAUACUAGUAACAACGGCAACGCCAUGACACCUUACUGUUGAGAAAUGGAACCGAUGACUUAGGGCAGAAUGAAGCUUCACUCCACAGCCUGGUACCCAAGGCUUGCGAUAAGCAUGCCCCAGACUACUCUGGGUCUCAUCCCCUCUGCCAGCCAUGCCACUGGGUACUGCCCAGCAGGCCCACUGUUCACACUGGCCCCAGGAUCUCCUACCUCCUUGCCUUGGUUCACGCUGUGCCUUCUCUUCCCCAUCUCAGCCCAGGAAUUUUCCACACACCCUUCAAGGCUCCUCUCAGAUGCUUCCCCUUCUGUGAUGCUUCCCCUGUUCCUCUCAGGAGCCAACCCCUGGUGCUAAACAGAGGAACCGGCAACAAGCUUUGGAGGAAACACAGGAUGGUGGAUCCAGGCUGAGAAACCCUCAAGAUUCAAGAUUGCUAAUUUAUGGCACCUUCCUAAUCAGGUUACCAGCGGGCUAGAGAUGCACGGCCCCAUCUAAAAAGAGCCGGGACACCCAGGUCAGCGCCCCACCUCCGCUAGGCACUAGCUGUGGCUCCAGGGGAUUCCCUUCCUCCUGCCUCUAUUUGCCCUUCUGAUAACUGCCAGUGAGACCUGGUCAGGCUAGUUGUAAAAAUCGAGGGAGAAGAUGGGGUGCAAAAGCAAUUUCCAAGAGGAAAGAAUUAUUCGUAUGUGGGAACACAGUGGGUCUUCAAUACCUGUGUGUCAUUCAAAGGUUUACUCUCAUUAUUAGCAUCUGGGGGCGUUUCACAGUGUAGGAGGAAAGGUCAGAAUUUAAGCCUGAAAACUGUUUCCAAAUGCCUCUCAGAGACAUGUGUAAGAACACUUCCCAGACUGUGCAGAACCUAAUACAUAUUUACGGAGGCCUCAUUCCGUUAAAGUCAGGUGCUCGCUUAUUGAAGGCAAAGGCGAGGACUGGGGAGGGAUGAUUUUAUUACCAAUAUUGAAGCAGAACAGCUGCUGCUCUGACUCAGUCUGUUUCCCUUCAAGACGGGUCCCCAGGGGCAUUGUUAAAAAGUGCUCCUGCCGUGUCCUCUGAAUAAAGGAUGGCUUGAGGGCAGCACAGAAUGAGGUGCUGCCUUCCCAAGCUGGACAGAAUGAGGUGCUGCCUUCCCGAGCUGGAAAAGAUCCCCUGUCCACACCUUUAUGCUUCAUCAGGACAUAAGGGCAGGGGCCACACACCAUUUCUGGACAAAACACGAUGAGAAAACAGUGCUGGGGUCUGGAGACUGGCCAAUGACAGAACCGCUGGCAGGAAGGAGAGCUAAAUUCUAGGGAGGCCCGAAGCCUGUCACUAAUCAGAUCAUUAAAAGCAGCUUCUGAAUUGCCUCUGUUUGGCCCCAUGAACAUCUUUACUCCAGGGGCCUCUGCCUGGGGUGGGCGCAGAGCCCAUAGAUCAGAGUGGAGGGGCUGUCACAUUUACUUGUCAUUUGGUAAUUUUCAAUGAAUUAGGGGUAUGGUGCUUCCAUCUGCCAUCUGGCUGCACUCUGGUAACCAUGGCAACUGCCACCUGCCUGACUUAACACUAUCAAGUCCUGUCCUGAAACAGCACUGAACAGGGUGCCAGGGACCUGGGAGCUUUACUGGUCACCCUGGUCACCCUGGACGAGUUCUCUGUACAAUAGGAGAUUUGGUUGAAAUGCCUCCAAGGUGGUUCUCUCCUAGGAACAAAAUACGAGUUCAGGGAAAAAUCACCUGAGCCCAUCAGCACUGGUUAGACUCUGGGGAUCUGGUCAGCAUUUCUUAUGUCUCCAGCAUGUGGAGUAAAAGUGGUUACUUGUCUGGAGACAAAGAGAUCUGUGAAUUAACUGCUGAGGAAAGCAGAUUAUAAAAAUCGGUGACAGGAAAGGACUGUUUCAAUGCCACAGGGCAGAAACAAAGAUUCAAACUGGAGGCAGCUGAACAGUGGCUCCACAGGGGCUGACACAGCCCAGAGAGGGGAAGGAACUGGCCCAAGGCUGCUUGCUCCUUCACUGGGAGCCCCAACAAGGAACAGCCAGCGAUGACUUUCCUGUGCUCCUGGUGCUGCCUCAGCCCCCUCGAAGGGCAGCAUAUUAUUUCCUCAUUUCCAGGGACAGGGGCCUUCUUGCCCAUAUCCAACAACCCAGUGGGUCUCCUGGAUUUGAGGAUAUCUACCUGGAAUACUUACCCCCGACUCCCAAGGCCUUCUUGUUGGAGCUGAAAUCUGCACUGAUUGAAGCAUUUAGGUCUAGACUUGGUCUCCAGCCCCAGGCCAGAACCAUAAUAAGCUGGGCUCCUUGGGACUCCCCUGACACAAGCUCACUCACCCUAAACUCUCCACUGCCCCCUCCAGGCAUCUGACACAGGGGCAAUUCUCCAAAACCUAUUGGUUGCUAGGCAUUCCUAUACUGAUGUUUUGGUUUACUUCUGUUUGGUUUUUAAAAAUUACAUAUGGGGGGUGAGCAAAAAUGGCACCCAUAGAUUUAUUGUGAUGUUAAUGAAUCUUAGGUUUCGAGGUCCCAAGCAAUUAAUCAUUUUCUGUUACUUCACUUUUUCUUUUUUGGCUGUGCCCAUGGCAGGUGGAAAUUCCCAUACCAGGAAUGGAACCAGCAGCUAUCUGAGUUCCUGCAGUGACAAUGCUGGAUCCUAAACCAGAGAACUGGGCAGAACGUCAGAAUACCAGAAGCAGUCAUCAAGAGGCCAGAGAAGCACAAAGAACAAUCCAGAGAAGCAAACUGUCCACCAGGUCUGCAGGCUUUUCCACCAAAAUGCUUUUCCCAACUGCGAGGACCAGGCAGCUGAAUGGCACUUGUGCCAGUUCGGUGAACAUGGAACUCUUCCUCCAUUACUCCCUCAUCCCAUCACUUGUCAUCAUUUUGGUCUUGUCCUUUCUCCAAAGACGAGAGCACCAUAGGCAGAGAGAUGACACUUCUUACCUCCUGGGGAACCACUUCGGACUGAUCAUACCCCUGGACUUUGUGGGCACUUUUAGUAACCGAUGGUCCUAUGGAGUCGCCUUUGGGGCCACAGCCAAUAAGGUCAUGUUCUUGUUCUCAGAAGGCUACCAGCCCCUGCAGGUCCCGCAGUGGGCCCAAGCCUUUGUGCUCCUGAUAGGAGGCAUCGAAGUCGGCCUGUGUCACUUCCCCUUCUUUGCCUGCCUCUCGUCGGAGUUCCGGCUGGUCAGCUCCAUCCUGGGCUUCAGCUACUCUCUGAUCUGGUUUGCUGUCACCAUGCUUUACAUCAUAGAGUGUCCCCAUGGAGAGUUUGUGGGAAGAUAUGAGACCAUCAUGUUCUAUUGGCCUUCACUGCUGUGCCUGGCCUUCCUGCUGGGCCGCUUCCUGCACAUGUUUGUCAAGUCUCUGAGGGUUCACCUGGGCUGGGAGCUCCAGAUUGAAGAAAAGCCUUUCUUGGAAGUUCACCAGGCAGAGCAUGUCAAGCAGCUCCUGAGGAAAUGUCCCCUGCAAGAGAGAGAAAAGUCUUGGUUCCAAACCAGGAUAUAUGAAUGGGACUCCUGCUUUCAGUUCCCAAGCAGAAUGAUUGGAACCACUGUGUUGGCUUUCAUCUGCCUGUACCUUUUCAUUGUCAUUGAGUUCUGCGUGUUCGUGUAUGUGAGAGAUGAGCUGGACGUGUUUGAACGUGAAUUAGAGGACUACAUUUCCUCCAUGAACCAGACAGGGACCCUGACCCCAGUCCUCCUGCAGGUGAAAGAGCUGAUUAACGUCACCAAAGGAGUCUGGUUGGUGACCAUUUUGCCUGCCUCCCUCACGUGUGUGAGCUAUCUGUUCCACAUCUUGGCUUGCUACAGAAAGCAUAUGAAAAGGUUGUGGGCAGGAGAUAAACAAUUUCUCCCUCUGAAGUUCCACAGUCCUUCCUCAUCAGAGAGUGUGGUGGCCAUCGCAAGGUACUCUGGCUGGCAGAUCGCCUAUAUUCUGUGGGGUUACCUUAUCAUCCACGUGAUGCAGAGCCUGUGUGGCGUGGUGAUCAUGUACAGCCUGGUGCUGCCUGUCAUCCACAAUCAGGCCAUGGCGAUGCUCCGAGGACUGGGCAUCGGCACCCUCACCAUAUCCAUCGUCCUGGGUCUCAUGGUCAUGCAGGUAUGGAUCGCCGCCAGCUUCUUCCUACAACCAAAGAUGGGACCAGCUGACAAGCAGAAGCCAUUGGCGCUCAACAACAGGAGAGCGUUCCACAACUUCAGCUACUUUCUGUUCUUCUAUAACGUGCUGCUGGGCCUGGGCGCCUGCCUCUCCAGGCUUCUCAUCAGCUGCAUCCUGGGCACGUGGCUGAUUGCCCGCAUCGACAGGACCAUCCUGCAGAGUGGCUAUGAGGGAGCAGACCUGGGGUUCAGCGCAUGGAUUGGCAUGCUCUAUGUGGACCAUUAUCAUGCCAACCCUGUGCUUGUCAGCUUCUGUCACAUCUUGAUCACAAGCCACAGGGAGAGGAGGCAACAGCAGGCCAUCAAAUACUGGUACCUAAAUCCAUCAGCAGGUCCCCGCAUCUCAGUGAGGUCCAGGACAAGGUGGCUCCUGCUGCAGACCCUGAUCAACAACCCUGGACUGAUCAAACUCAGAAAAUCCAGGUCAGGUCACAGCUCCCAGGAGUUUACUCAGAUUCUGUUGACAUGCUCGGAAAGCUGACACUGACCUGCAACAUUAUGACAAGGCCAUUUCAGGAUGACUGCCCCUGGGAAGGCCCAGACCACCCAGCAGCUGUCCCCUGCAGUGUGAUGGGAUGCACAGCCACUGUCCAGGCAGACGGCACACAGAACAGCCACUCUUGGAAUGGCACUUGGGCUGAACAAUGAAGUUUCAUCUCAGGUCUAAUUCAUUCCCUUGGUAAAAAGAUGAAGAACUAAAGAGAAUUUCUAUUGAACAAACUUUGCCUAAUGAUGAUUUACACUACAUGGUUAGGAGGCAGCCUUGGGGAGUUCCAAGUUGAGGAACAUUUAGUGUGACCACAAGACAGAACUUUGUGUCACUGAAAAAGGUGGAAAAAUGUUUACAUCGGGCGAGUUUAUUUGACACAGUUAUUAUCUGGGGGAAAGUAUGGUCUUAAUCCAACAACGUCCUCGUUGUUUCCUCCUCUCCAGGCCAUAUGGUGAUGGGAGAGAAGGAAAUCCAUGAUCCCAGCCUCCAAUCUGAUGGGUGAGCAGGCACACACUGAGCUCUCAUUCCCAUGGCCACUAGGAUGGGGAAUGGAUCAGAACUGACCUGGCCUUGGUCACAAAUAAGAUGUACAGAUUCUCUCUGACAAAGUGGGGAUCCCCUGAGAAAGCUAUGUGAGGCAGAGAUAGGAUGGGCAGGCAUUUAAGGUGGGGAACAACGAGAGCAAAGGUGUGGGAGUUGGAGAGUCCCAGGUGGGUUUGAGGAGGGUAAGGCCUCUGGUGUAUGCAGUGCAUGGCAUUGGGUGCUAGUCUGGCCAUCCAAGGAGGCCCAGACACUGGGGAGCCAGGACAUUUCUCUUUGUGCGGAAGGCCCAGGACUUACCCAGAUUCUUCAUGCCCAAGCAUAAGGUCUCUGGUAACCUGGGACCUGUCCCUCACAAAGCCUGUGGCAGUUCCUGGAGGACUCACCAACUGGAUGAGGGAAGUCCCCAUCCACCUCACAAGUCUCAGAGCCACUGAAAUUCAGUAAUCAUUAUUGAGCACCUACUAUAAACCCAGUCCUGUUGAUGGAUGUGUUUGCCAGACUUCUCUCUCUUAACUUAAUCUCAGCAACUAAGCGUUGUCAUUCUGCUUUUUGAAACUAAGAAAACUGGGCUUCCACUGCUUUCUAGCUGUGUGACAUCAGCUAAAUUAUCUCACCUUUCUGUGCUUUCUUUUCCUCACAUAUAAAAAGGGAGUAAUACCCAAAACACCAAAAAUUAUUUUGGGGCUAAAAUGAAUUAAUACACACACUCUUAAGCCAGUGCCUGUCAUAUCCUAAACUCUCAAUAAAGGUCAGUCAUUAUUGUUUGUAAUGUUA